AUGGGCUGGAGAUGGGAGGGGCUAUGGGCUGGAGAUGGGAGGGGCUAUGGGCUGCAGGUGGGAGGGGCUAUGGACUGCAGGUGGGAGGGGCUAUGGGCUGCAGGUGGGAGGGGCUAUGGGCUGGAGAUGGGAGGGGCUAUGGGCUGCAGGUGGGAGGGGCUAAUGGCUGCAAGUGGGAGGGGCUAUGAGCUGCAGGUGGGAGGGGCUAUGGGCUGCAGGUGGGAGGGGCUAUGGGCUGCAGGUGGGAGGGGCUAUGAGCUGCAGGUGGGAGGGGCUAUGGGCUGCAGGUGGGAGGGGCUAUGGGCUGCAGGUGGGAGGGGCUAUGGGCUGCAGGUGGGAGGGGCUAAUGGCUGUAGGUGGGAGGGGCUAAUGGCUGCAGGUGGGAGGGGCUAA